GCCUGCCUCCAUGUGGUGACGAUCAUAGUUUGGUCAUACACAAUGUGGAACUGCUCUGCGCCGUCCUCGCUCUUGCUGCCGUCCGGCGACGACUACUUGAAGUGCGAAAACUCUAGCUCACCGGCAGGUGCUGUAGGUCUGGACAAGAUACUAGCAGCGGAGUAUGAUCUGUGCCAUACUCUGAACUUGUCACCGUCGCUUCAGAGCCUUCAGACACCGACGAUUUUUGCGAUGCACGGUUCAGAGGGCUGCUAUCUAGGAAUAGGGGCGAAUCCGAUCUACAGCGGCGAGGCCAGGCCGGCAUUUGCGCAGUUCAGUUGCACCCAGACAACAACUGCUGCUCACUCGGUGAAAUGGACGGCAGCGGGGACGGCAACGACCGGUGAUAGCAGCCGUCUCAGGGGCUCGAAGAGGCUCAAGACAACGGCCACAGCGACAGCACAAGGUCCACAGCACGGCCUGCAGUGCAAUGCGAAGCCGAGGAAUCAGCCUGUGAAGGCACCAUGUAAGAGGAGCCAGAAGCUCGGGGACAAGAUCACAGCACUUCAGCAGCUAGUCUCUCCUUACGGCAAGACGGAUACCGCAUCGGUACUCCACGAGACAGCCACCUGCAUCAAGCGCCUCCACGAGCUGAUCCAGAUUCUUACUGCCUCCUACCCUGAAAUCGGUUCUCCAGCGUCACAGCAGGACACCGGAGAAGAGGAAGGCGCGACAGGUCUGCACCGGCGAGGCCUGUGCCUCGCGCCAUUGUCCCCGGCCGUCGUGCGGUUUGUGGCUUCCGAGGCCGCGCACAGCCACCGCGACACGGCCGACGCGGAGGAUCGGUGGCGCUUGCUCGGCACGCUGUAG